AAUCAUGUAAACCGCGGUUCUUCCUUUCUAGCUUGUACUGGUCGCGUUUUGUUGAGAGUCUCGUCUUGAUUCGCUUUAGCUUCAAUCAGAAUGUCUUCAGGAAAUGCUUUCAUUGGGAAACCAGCCCCAGAUUUCAAGGCCACAGCAGUAAUGCCAGAUGGGCAAUUCAAAGAUAUUACACUUUCUGACUAUAGAGGGAAAUACAUUGUACUCUUCUUCUAUCCACUUGAUUUCACCUUUGUCUGCCCAACUGAAAUUAUUUCAUUCAGUGACCGUUCUGAUGAAUUUAAGAAAAUAAAUUGUGAGGUGAUUGGUGCUUCCGUUGAUUCUCAUUUUUGCCAUCUAGCCUGGAUCAACACUCCAAAAAAACAGGGUGGACUAGGCAGUAUGCGCAUUCCUCUGGUUUCUGACACAAAACGUCUAAUUGCUAAGGAUUAUGGUAUACUAAAGGAAGAUGAAGGCAUUUCUUACAGGGGCCUCUUUAUUAUUGAUGAUAAGGGGAUCUUGCGCCAGAUCACAAUCAAUGAUCUGCCCGUUGGUCGUUCAGUUGAUGAGACACUCCGACUAGUUCAGGCAUUUCAGUUUACAGACAAACAUGGAGAAGUGUGCCCAGCUGGCUGGCAGCCUGGAAGUGACACUAUCAAGCCAGAUGUCAAGCAGAGUAAAGAGUAUUUCUCCAAACAGAAAUAAAUGUUGUAUGUUGUGUUUUGUACAAAAAAAGUGUACUGUAACAUAUGGCAGAGCAAUCUUUGCCAUUUCUUAUUUAAAGAGUAGCCGUGUUGUGAACAGUCUUUUAUUUUGGAUCGUGUGGAUCUGAAUAAGUGGAUUACAGAUUGACAUAUUUUGACUAAUUAUUUAGCCUAUUCACCUCAGCCAAAGUAUAGAAUUUGCUCCUUGUACUCAUGCACAUAGCUGACAAUUGUUAGCAUAGUAAUGACUCCUUCCGGUACAUGUGGAACAAAUGGCUUUUCUUGUAUUUUGUACUGUUAUUAAACUUCUAUGAAAAACUUGAAAAA